AGGAUUGUGUUCUCGGCUAAACGAUACAAGGCUUGUUACGCUCGUAAUCGGCAGUAUUCAUGCGAGGACUCUUCAUCAGGAAAGAGAUGCGGGUCGUUUUGUUAAUUGCAGGCCUCGUCAGUUUUCUGGCCGUCGGAUCGAGCAGCACUUGCCCCACACCCGGAGACAAGACGCAAAUCUCGCGAGCGCCGCGACAAGGAUCAGCUCAUCUUCCGCAAUGGGUAAGCAGUCGGGGAGGAUUGACCCUACCCUUCCGCCAGCAACAAAUCGCACACGCCAAGACAGCGACGGUCGUAAAAGGACCUUCAAGCAAAGGCAAAGCCGUCGGAAAAAGAGGGAAGAGCCCCGCGGCCAUUGAUGCCGGUGAAGCAUAUGCCACGGCCGUGCGUCGAACUCUUUUGGCGGUGGGCGCAGCCUUCGCGUUUGGAUUUGGGCUUUGGUUCAUGGAAGGUCGACAGCCGGCGAUGGAAUUUUUUGCCGGGUACCUGAUUGAAGAGUCCUUAAGCGUUGAUAACAUCUUCGUCUUCAUCAUGCUUUUCGAAUAUUUCAAGGUCCCCAUUGAAUAUCAAUCGCGGGCCCUUUCGUGGGGAAUCAUGGGGGCCGUGGCCAUGCGGGGCAUCAUGAUCUUCGUAGGGGUGGCUGCCAUUCAACGUUUCCGGUGGGUAGUCUUGCUCUUCGCGGGGGUGCUGCUCGGGAGUGCCUUUAAACUGCUGGCGGAGGUGGGGCACGAGGGCGGGGAGGAGGACCUGAGCAACAAUCUGCUGGUGGCAUGGGCCAAGAAAUUGGUUCAUGCGGUGGACGAAUACGACGGAGACAAUUUCUUCACGCGCAGGAACGGGAAGCGUUACGCCACCCCCCUUUUCAUGUGCUUGAUUUGCAUCGAGCUCUCCGACUUCGUCUUUGCCGUCGAUUCCAUACCGGCCGUGCUGGGGGUUUCCAAGGACCCUCUCAUCGUCUACUCAUCUAACAUCUUCGCCAUCAUGGCCCUGCGUUCUCUCUACACGCUCGUGGCCACGGCCGUCAACAGUUUGGAAUACAUCAAGCCUUCCGUCGCCCUGGUUCUGGCCUUUGUGGGCGGGAAGAUGGUCGCCGAGUUCUUCCACGUGGAAGUCCCGAUCUCUGUCUCCCUGGCCGUCGUUAUGUCCCUCUUGGGGGGAGGGAUCGGUCUGAGCUUGCUGAAGCAGAGGGUGCUUGCGAGGAGGGAUGUUUCGGGGUAAGGGAGGGGGUGCGCGGGAAAAGCGGGUGGAGGCGGGGGGCGACGCGGAAAACGGUCGCGCGGUGUACAAAUCGAGAUAGGGAGAGACCGUGGGGUCAUGCGAUGUCGUGCACGGUGCGCUUGUACGGUACUGUAGUCUAUUAGACUCUGGUCUGUGAGGCAGACAGUGGCGAUGGAUGAAAAAGGGGGAAGGCUCUGUAGUAUCUGACCUCGUUACGUGCAAAAUAACCACACAGAGAAGUCAGUGGUGCAGAGGUAAUAGUGAUAGGAUCUUUGUACGAAACUCGUGUUAGUAUUUUUAAACGAGCAAAUAAAGACAGGUGUGUGCAUGCAUA